AUGUCUCUUCCAAGCCAUACUUACUGCCAGGCUGCAUCACUCCAGGAUGAGGGUGCUGCUCAGGCUGUUGAAGCACUGUCACGCUACAAAGAAAAACCUUGGGAGUAUCUAGAGAGCGAAGAAUACAUUGACAAAUAUGGAAGCACCCCAGUGUGGAAGGGCUACAGGAGAAAUCACAAAGGUGGUAUUCCCCCACAGAAAACACGCAAGACUUGCAUAAGAGGGGAUAAGAUCUGUGGAAAUCCCUGUCCAAUUUGCCGAGAUCAAAAUAUUCUAAUUCAUCAUCAGAAUGUAAAGUUACUGGAGCAGUUCAUCAGUCCCUACACAGGAGUGGUCUAUGACCCCUCUAAAACAGGUGUGUGUAUGAAGCAGCAGAAAAAACUGACUGAGGCCAUAGCUGCGUCCCGGGACCACGGAUUCCUUCCGUUUCAGAUCCCGUACGUGGACUUUACAAAAGAGGAUUAUUCAAACUCCCAUGAUGCCGUAGGGUCCACACCUCCUCCUCCAUUAUUAACAUCUGGAGAAAGCUGGUAUAAAUGGUACAGCCAGAUAACGCCUGAUGAGAGCCAAGUGGCCAAAGUCAAGAGGAAGUACAAGGCCUACUUGAAAUAG